UGCACAAAAUAAAAAUAAAUUGGCUCAAAAACAAGGGCAUCCCGAAAAUAAUUGGCAGCAAUUAAUCAAUUAUUUAGACGGUAAUCGUCGUGCCAGCAUUUGCUCUGGGCUCAGCGGACAGCGCCACCCUCAGCAGUCGCUAAGGAUACACACAUCCAUCGGCCCACGCGUCGCCCACGAUCUGAGUCACAACAACAACACAAAGGAGCAGCAGCAGGCGCAUUAGGUGCAGCAGCAGCAACAACAACAGAUACAAAAAUGACUUCAAAGAAGACAAAGCCAGCGCCCAAGUACAGGAAGCCGGGAAAUUUGGAAUUUGUGCGCGAAGAUGACUACGUGGAGUACUAUAUAUUCCCGAAGAUGCCCGAGAAUCUCAAGGAUGAGUUUCAGGUGAAGGAGAAAUUGUUGCGCAUCAAAACGGAGAUUAUGGAGAUAGUCAGAGAGCUGGUCAUUCAGCGGUCGUACAUCUGGCACAAGGAUGAGUUUCAGCUGCAAGUGCGAACCGGCAGUCCCAUGGAGCGUAUGCUGAACGAUGAGACCAAUUUGGCGGAUGACGACGAAGAUGGGGAUCUGCCGCCACAUUUGCACGGUGUGACCCACUACGGCGACAACAUUGGGGACGAGUGGUUCAUUGUGUACCUUCUGUUGGAAAUAUCACAGGCACGCGGGGAAUACAUUGCCCGGGUCUCCGAUUCCGAUGGCGAAUUCGUGCUUAUCGAGGCAGCCGAUGUGCUGCCCGACUGGGCCUCUCCGGACACCUGUGAGCAGCGUGCCUACAUAGUCAACGGUGCGCUCCAGCUGCUGCAAAACUCGGCAUCCACCAAUCCCGACAAGCCCAUGCCCGUGCCCAUCGCCUUGCAGCGCAUUCGUCUCAAUCCCACCCUUUAUCGUUGCUCGACAGAGGUGCAGAAUGUACUUAAGACGCGGCUCAAGGAGUUCCUGAUUGCCAUGCCCCACUACUCCAUCCAUCGUCAGAUCGUGGAGGUGCCACACAGUGCAGCACAGCUGCUGAAGACACGCCCCCAGCUGGUGGCGUCAGCUGUGAGAGCGUUCUGCGAUCGCGACAACGAGGACAUCAAGGCAUUGAGAACCAUGAAGUUUUUCCCACCGGAGGCAGCGCGUGUCCGCACAAAUGUCAGAUUCACCCGCUGUCUCUACGCCAUGGUGAUGCACAACCAGUACACGCCGGAGCGGCGACUCGGCUGGAAGAUCACCGACGAAGUGAGUCAGCCGGAGCUGUACAAGGAACAGAUUCUGGGCGUGAAAUUGGCGUGUGGCCUGGAGAUACUCGCCACCCAAGCGCAGCGGGCAGGAGAACAAAAGCUGGAGGAUCUGCCUGCCUGGCGAGCGUAUCUGCGGAGUCUCGAGGGCAAGGGCUACUUCCGGGACAACAUCGAGGGCAGUGCCGAGUACAUACGGCUGCUGUGUAAGGCCAAGGAGUACUUCAAGGGGAAUCAGGAUCGUUUCCGCACCGCCAAGCGCGUGGGAGCCGAGGUUCUGGCGCUGAUGCUGCACCCGUCCGACACGGCAUCAGUGGCGCUGCGCGAUGAGCAGAACAAUCUGCUGCCAAGCGACAAGGAUGAUUGGCUCAGUAUUACCGCCGACGAUCUGGAUGCCCUGCUCCAGGAUCGCUACGGACCGAAUAAACUCUACAAGCCAAACGGCGACAUGGACGCCGAGGAAUUUACCAAGCAGCUAAGCGAUUUCCUGGAUCAGCAGUCCAACUUUGAGGGCAUUGAACACGGCGGCUAUGGAGGCCUCGAUCUGGACUCUGAUGAUGACGAACCGGCGCUGCGGCACCCAAGAGCAUCCACGUCGCAUGGCUCGCAGCUCAGAAAGAAUCAAUCGAUGCGCAAGGCCUGUAACCGCAACUCUCUGAUCCAAUCGGAGGAGGCCGACAGCACGCACGUGAGGAACUUCCUGGACUUUGUCAUCCCGGAGGACAACUGGGAUUCCAAUUCCGAGAUGAGUGACUAUGCGGAUGACGACGAUAUCGAGCGCAAUUUCGAUGCAUUGUCCAGCUCAAGCACCGGCUUCCCGCUCGAUCGCAGCAUCCAGGCGUACAUGAAGAAAAUGGAUCGCGAAUUGUCACAGACCACCAUUGGCAAGUCGUUCCAGGGACAGAAAGGAGCCGCCAGCAAGGCAGAUGAGGAUGAUUUCGAUGACAUUGAGGACUUUGAGCCCAUCAAUAUAAAUGUUAAUACGCUGAAGAACAUGAUGGACAGCUACAAAUCGCAGGCGGGUGGCGCAGGCCCGGUGUCCAAUCUGCUCAGUGCAAUGGGUGUGGGCAUGUCGGCAGCACGAGCAGCAUCCGGAGACGAGGCCAAUGAUCUAUCAGAGUCGGCGGUGUAAAGUGUGGGAGGGAGGCAUACAGGAUACAGGUAUCUUUUAUCAUUAUGUCGUUAAGCAAAAUGAGUUAAAUAUAUAUGUAUAUUAAAUGUGUGUAUAAUUGA